CGGCGUCAAGGGAAAUUAACACAUUGAAAGAGCUGCGUACAACUUACAUUGGCACCCCACCCACUAUACCUACCUACGCACGCACGCAACCGCUCGUCUUACCAGAGCAUCUUCUUCCGCCGCUGCACGAAUGUUCUGCUUCGACGACGACCUCCCCGCCAAUAUGGCGCACUCGGCGCUGCGGUGCAAGAUCUCGCCCGUCGACGUCCGGCCGGGUUCCUCGAGCGCCGCCGCCAACAACCACAGCAACAACACCAGCAGCAGCAGCAGCAACAACAACAACAAACCCCCUCCCAGCCGCAGCAGCAACACCAGCAACAACAGCGCCAACAACAGCGCCAGCGCCUCCUCAUCCACAAUCUCCUUCUCCGCCUUCAACGAAAACAGCAACACGACCUCGAAACCCAGAUCCAGAUCCAAAUCUAGAACCAGAACCAAACUCCCACCCGCAACCGCACACGCACCCGCGCUCCCACCUCCGCCCCAACACCAGCAGCAGCAGCAGCACCACCACCACCACCGCUCCCGCCACGCCCACAGCCAAAGUACCACUGUCGCAAACACCAACACCAACGCAGCCCACACCUCCCGCCCCCGCCACCGCGCCUUCUCCCUCUCGCACCGCGCAUCCGCUGCCGCAAAUCCCGCUUCCGCUGCGGCGUGGCUCGCGCCACCAUCGCCCUGUCCGUCGCCCUCGCCUUCUUGGUCCGCUACCGCUCCUGCUCCUGCGGUUAAGUCUACGGCUACGGCUAAGCCCACGCGUGCCCCUACGCCAAUGCCUAUGCCUGCGCCUUCGGCUUCGGCUUCGCCAAAGAAACUCGCCAAGCAGUCGGCGCGGCACGCUACCCCGUCGUGGCCUUUGGUGGAGGGGAGGGGUGAGUGGGUUAGCGGGAGCGCGGGCGCUGGUCGGAGGGUCAGUGGGAGUGGGAGUGGGAGUGUAGACGGUGGUGGUGGCGUCGAGCGCAGGGACUGGUGCGCGAGCGCGUGUGCGAGUGCGAGUGUGAGCGCGAGCAAGAGCGAGGGCGGUCAUGGUCAUGGUCGUGUCAGCGGUGGUGGAAGUGGCAGCGGCGGAAGUGGGAGUGGCAGCAGCAGCAGCGCAGCGCGAGCAGGCGCGCGCGUGAGAGGGUGGACUGGUUCUGGCGCUGGCGCUGGCUCUGGUACUGGCAUGGCGUCGGGGCUGGGAAUAGGGAUAGGGAUAGGUGGGGAUAGAGACAGGGACAGGGACAGGGGAAGUGGAAGUGGAAGUGGAAGGGGUGGCGUGGAGAGGGAGAGGGAGAGGGAGAGGGAAAGGGAGAAGGAGAAGGAGAAGGAGAAGGAGUGGCAUCGACGGGGCAUGUCGUGUGGGAGUUUUUACUGGGGGUGAGUUUUGUGGAGAGAGAGAGCGUGU